AUGACCUCCGUCCACAAGCCCGACCUCUCCGACCUGCCAACCUUCAACGUCGCUGGCGGUCGCCCCGACGAGCGCUUCGGUACCAGGGGCUCCUUCACCCGCGGCGUGCGCAUCAUGUCCGGUGGCCAUGCGCGGGACGUACCGCUCGAGGCCGAGGUCGACCACGGCAAGGUUCUCUUCGUGUCCGCCGUCCACAAGCCGGACAUUUCCUCCGAGGCCCGCACCAACGCCGUCCGACCCAUGGAGCGGCUCGGAGCCCGCGACCGCUUCACGCCAGGGGGGCGUCGCUGGGCCGGUGGCAAGCCUCGCGACGUACCGCUCGAGGCCGAGGUCGAUUACGGCAAGGUGCUCUUCGUGUCCGCCGUCCACAAGCCGGACCUCUCCGCCGAGGCCCGCAUCAACGCCGUCCGCCCCACGGAGCGCCUCGGCUCCCGGGGCCGCUUCACCGCGGGCGUCCGUCGCUGGGCCGGAGCAGGCCCUCCUUGUCCUUCUCGGGCGAGACCAACGUGUCCGGAGGCAGGGAGGACGAGUGCCACGGGCGGCUGGGAUCUUUCGAGCACGGGGUCGUCGAGGCUCGGGGAGGGCCGCUGCAGGUUCAGGCGGCCUUCGCGAGCGAGCUGGAGCUCCUGCUGUGGCACGAGGGCGGGCAGAAGGAGAACAGUCCUCGCCCCCUUCCCUGACAAACACCUCGCGACCACUGCUGCUGCAAAGACACCUUCUCCUCCAAGACUCCGCGACGCCAACCACCCACCACCUGCCUUCGCGAGCUUCCAAUCGAGACGAACAACCACACACACCGACGAGUUCGUACAAACAACCAGAGGCUUCGUCGCAAUCACAACGAUCAACAACGACAACAGCAGCGCCAUGACUUCCGUCCACAAGCCCGACCUCUCCGGCCUGCCCACCUUCAACGUCGCUGGCGGUCGCCCCGACGAGCGCUUCGGUACCAGGGGCUCCUUCACCCGCGGCGUGCGCAUCAUGUCCGGUGGCCAUGCGCGGGACGUACCGCUCGAGGCCGAGGUCGACCACGGCAAGGUUCUCUUUGUGUCCGCCAUCCACAAGCCGGACCUCUCCACCGAGGCCCGCACCAACGCUGUCCGACCCAUGGAGCGGCUCGGAGCCCGCGGCCGCUUCACGCCAGGGGGGCGUCGCUGGGCCGGUGGCAAGCCUCGCGACGUACCGCUCGAGGCCGAGGUCGACCACGGUAAGGUGCUCCUCGUGUCCGCCGUCCACAAGCCGGAUCUCUCCGCCGAGGCCCGCAUCAACGCCACCCGCCCCACGGAGCGCCUCGGCUCCCGGGGCCGCUUCACCGCGGGCGUCCGUCGCUGGGGCGGUGGUGAGCCUCGCGACGUGCCGCUCCCGCGCGUGCGCGACCCGGGUACCGUCCUCUUCGAGUCCGCCUCGGAACGCAGCAGGCCCUCCUUGUCCUUCUCGGGCGAGACCAACGUGUCCGGAGGUAGGGAGGACGAGCGCCACGGGCGGCUGGGAUCUUUCGAGCACGGGGUCGUCGAGGCUCGGGGAGGGCCGCUGCAGGUUCAGGCGGCCUUCGCGAGCGAGGUGGAGCAGCUGUGGCACGAGGGCGGGCAGAAGGAGAACAAGUACCGCCGCUGCGGGCCCAGCCACUUCGUCGCCGGCGUGUCAAUUCUGUCUGGCGGCAUGCCGGUCUACUGAGAGUAAAGAAUGACUGCUGUUGUUACUGUAACGGGAGUAUGAGGCGGUUGUCAUGCUGUCGGCCUCAUCCGUGCUUGGUCAUUCACCAAAGGUUGCUCUUUGUUAGCACCGUGUUAGCGUGUUUGGUCUUCCACCGGUACCAGCGCGAAUUUACCGUUUAUUUCUUUGUUGAGAAAGGGGGGCACUGUUGAGAAGGUUGCUAUCCUUUCGGGUCGUUUUAUGUCGAUGGGUGCCUGUGGUUUGCUACAUGUAGAGAGCACCACGCAGCGGCGGCGGGGUCGUGGUUCUGUUCGGCUUGCCUCGUACCGCCGGGUAGGUGUAGAAGUGCAGAGUAGAUGAUUUGUGUGUCAAUGUAGGUGAUUUGUGUAUCAAUGCAGAUGUACGUGCAACAAAUCGGCUUGAAACAACGUUGUUCAUGGCUUGUUCGUGACGAAUGUUGGAGGAGCAGAAGAACAAGAAAAGAAGUUCGUGGUGUUGUAGUUGAUAGAAUACUUGAUAGAAAUAGUAUAAGUAGGGGAUACGAGGGGCACUGUUGUGGAUGCGGUGCUUCACAUCCAUCAUCCAUACGAUGAACAAACUGCUUUAGACUUAUGUGUUGUUGUGUGGGAAGGGAUAAUUAGAAGUGAUGUCUUGUGUUCGAUAUGAUUUUAUAUGAAGUGGUUGGUGUCCCAAGGGGAGCGAAAGCGGUUGUUGUUUAUCCGUUUACCCCCACCCCCCCCACCGACCCCCUUCGGCAAGGGAUCCAGUACUGAAUUGGGGUACAAUAGACUCUCGGCUAAUACUAUUGUCGCCCCAAGGGUUCGUGUGGUAUUCGUGUCGGUGUCUGUUUCAAUGAUGAAUGGGGGUACGGUGGUGGGUGUUGAUGUGACGUGCAUGGCGUUACUUGAAGGAUAUUUUUUCAUUCCGAAAAACAAAUUGAUCCGAGAACGAUUAAUAGAAAAGUUGCAUACUCUCCUGCUGUUGUAGUCUAGGCGUACGUCUUUGCUGUUGUUUUGCGACGGGGUGUUCUAACGGGGGGGACGCCAUGGCGCGCACACAGUUAGAGGAGAGACGGAGAUACGUACAGAAUAACCAAGAAUUGAAGGGAUUGGCGUGAGCGUGUGUAAAGUUAGUUCAAGUAUACACUAGUUUUUCAGAUGGAUCCUCCUUGCGUACUUGUAAUUGAAUUGUACCGGUACCCAUUUCCGCUGGACUGCGCAUUUGAAAAGAAUCGCGCGUCUCAUUGAUUGGGCGUGUGUACGGCGGAGGACGUCGAGUUCAACUUCGCCGGGUAAGUUCUUCUUCGCGAAACGCAAGAAUAUGACC